AUGUGGGCAUUCAGCAUGGUGGCGCGAGGGCAUGAGAUUGGGAUAGACCAGGACCAUCAACUCGAUGUGAUUAAGAUUAUGCGGGAGCGGGGGAUAGAGGCGAAUAUUGGCGUGCUGCCCGGGAAGAAAUUCCCGUCGGGAGAGUUGAUGGCAAAUGAUAUGAUGGGGUUUUUGGGGCUUAAGCCGGGGGUGGUGAUGGUGCAUGCGAAUUAUGUGGUGGGGAAGUGGAAGAAGGUUGAGAGGUUGAUUGAGGCUGGGGUGUGGCUGCUGCCACCGCCGGCGCCAGAGGGAGAGGAGGGCAAGGGAGAGGGGGGAAGUGAUGGGAACGGUGGCGGCGGUGGUACUGCUGCUGCUGGUGCUGCUGAUGGGGGUGGUGAUGCUGCUGGUGCUGGUGCUGGUGCUGGUGCUGCUGGUGCUGGUGCUGGUGCUGCUGGUGCUGGUGCUGGUGCUGGUGGUGCUGGUGCUGGUGCUGCUGGUGCUGGUGCUGGUGCUGGUGGUGCUGGUGCUGCUGCUGCUGGUGCUGGUGCUGGUGCUGCUGCUGCUGCUGGUGGUGGGGAAGGCAAGGAGGAGGGGCAGGGAGGCGAGGAAGGGGAGGAGGAGAUGGGGAGGCGGUUGAUGGGAGUGGCGGAGUGGGUGCCAUCACAUGUGGAUGCGGUGGUGAGGCUGGCACCUGGUGUGGCCCGGGAUGGGCCGCUCAUUCUCACCGUGCUCUGCCAUGCAAGCGAGGCGGACCUGUUCAGGAGUUGGCUGGGGUCCAUUUCAAAGCUCGGCCUCUCCACCAACUUCCUUGCCUCUGUUGCCAGCCAGGUGAGCUUCUGUUGCCACUCAGGUGGCAGUGGGAGUGAGGAGAAAGCAGGGGAGAAGGCAGGGGAGAAGGCAGGGGAGAAGGCGGAGGAGAGGGACAGGCUAGCGUGUCUGCUGAUGCCGGCGCUGCUGGCCUCGCGCCUCCUCGCUGCCAGCAUCACGGUGCUGUUCAGGGGGCUUAGGGGUGGGCGAUUAAGGGGUUGGGUUGGGUUGAGUGCGUGUGAGAUUGGUGGUUGCCACGUGCAUGCGCGUCAGUGGCUGGAUCCUUCUGAUACGCACUACCACUUCUCACCCCUUUCCUUUUUCUCCCUUUCUCCCCCUCCUUCCCCAUCCCCAACCCACCACCCCCCUCCCCUCCCCUCCUUCCCUCCUUCUCCCCUCCUCCCUUUCUUCCCUUCCCCUCCAAUUUCUCCCCCUCCCCAAUUUCAGCGAUUCUACAUAGUGGGCCGCGGCAAGAACAAGGAUCAGAAGCGAAUUCUCAAGAUUGACCGAUCCGAGCCGUCGGAGCUGGUGCUGGUGGAGGAUCCGACGGUGUACACCGCCCGGCAGUGCUCCGCGCUGCUGCAGCAACUCGCAGAGGGCAACCGCAGCUCCGGGGGCCUUCGCCUGGUCACCAAGGCCUAUGGCAUCGUUGGGUGUGUGCGCUUUCUAGAGCCCUGGUACCUGAUUCUGGUGCGGCGGCGGCGGCAGGCGGGGUGCAUGAGGGGGCAUGCAGUGUUUCGCAUUGAGGAGAGUCUCGUGCUCACCGUGCCCCAUGCCUCCGUGCACACGACCGUGGCUUCUAGCACCAUGGAGCAGCGGUACAAGAGGCUGCUGUCGGGGGUCGACCUCACGAAGGACUUCUUCUACUCCCACUCCUACCCCGUCAUGCGCUCACUACAAGACAAUGUCUGCCGUACCGUCGCCGGAUGCACCGAGUGUGGCAGCAGCAGCAGCGCGGGAUUGGGAUCAUGCACGGGCAUGGCCCACAUGGCCCACAUGGCCCACGAGCACAUGUUCGUGUGGAAUUCGUUCCUCACACGUCCCAUCCGCCACGCCCUCGCCACCAACCGCUGGACGCUCGCUCUCUCCCAUGGCUUCUUCCACCAGCCUUCCAUGCUCCUCCUGUCCCCUCGCCUCCCCUCCUGUCCCCUCGCCUCCCCUCCUGUCCCCUCGCCUCCCCUCCUGUCCCCUCGCCGCCCCUCCUGUCCCCUCGCCUCCCCUCCUGUCCCCUCGCCUUCUCAGGAGCGCAUGUCCAUAUUUGGCCGAGUCAUCUCGCUGGUCUUAAUCGCCCGUCGCUCACGCCACUUUGCCGGAACGCGGUACCUGAAGAGGGGGGUGAACGACCGGGGGCGAGUGGCCAACGAGGUGGAGGUGGAGCAGCUGCUGCUCGACCACUCCCAUGAACCCAUCCUACCGCCCUACACCGCUCUGCACCCCGACUCAAAAGCACACUCUACCUGUCAAACAGCAGCUGCCCCUGUCGAACAUGUCAAACCUGUCUUGCCGCCUCAUCCCUGCUCUUCUCCUUCCUUCUUACAUGCCGCCUCAUCCCUGCUCUUCUCCUUCCUUCUUACAUGCCGCCUCAUCCCUGCUCUUCUCCUUCCUUCUUACAUGCCGCCUCAUCCCUGCUCUUCUCCUUCCUUCUUACAUGCCGCCUCAUCCCUUCUCUUCUCCUUCCUUCUUACAUGCCGCCUCAUCCCUGCUCUUCUCCUUCCUUCUUACAUGCCGCCUCAUCCCUGCUCUUCUCCUUCCUUCUUACAUGCCGCCUCAUCCCUUCUCUUCUCCUUCCUUCUUACAUGCCGCCUCAUCCCUGCUCUUCUCCUUCCUUCUUACAUGCCGCCUCAUCCCUGCUCUUCUCCUUCCUUCUUACAUGCCGCCUCAUCCCUGCUCUUCUCCUUCCUUCUUACAUGCCGCCUCAUCCCUGCUCUUCUCCUUCCUUCUUACAUGCCGCCUCAUCCCUGCUCUUCUCCUUCCUUCUUACAUGCCGCCUCAUCCCUGCUCUUCUCCUUCCUUCUUACAUGCCGCCUCAUCCCUGCUCUUCUCCUUCCUUCUUACAUGCCGCCUCAUCCCUGCUCUUCUCCUUCCUUCUUACAUGCCGCCUCAUCCCUGCUCUUCUCCUUCCUUCUUACAUGCCGCCUCAUCCCUGCUCUUCUCCUUCCUUCUUACAUGCCGCCUCAUCCCUGCUCUUCUCCUUCCUUCUUACAUGCCGCCUCAUCCCUGCUCUUCUCCUUCCUUCUUACAUGCCGCCUCAUCCCUGCUCUUCUCCUUCCUUCUUACAUGCCGCCUCAUCCCUGCUCUUCUCCUUCCUUCUUACAUGCCGCCUCAUCCCUGCUCUUCUCCUUCCUUCUUACAUGCCGCCUCAUCCCUGCUCUUCUCCUUCCUUCUUACAUGCCGCCUCAUCCCUGCUCUUCUCCUUCCUUCUUACAUGCCGCCUCAUCCCUGCUCUUCUCCUUCCUUCUUACAUGCCGCCUCAUCCCUGCUCUUCUCCUUCCUUCUUACAUGCCGCCUCAUCCCUGCUCUUCUCCUUCCUUCUUACAUGCCGCCUCAUCCCUGCUCUUCUCCUUCCUUCUUACAUGCCGCCUCAUCCCUGCUCUUCUCCUUCCUUCUUACAUGCCGCCUCAUCCCUGCUCUUCUCCUCCCUUCUUACAUGCCGCCUCAUCCCUGCUCUUCUCCUUCCUUCUUACAUGCCGCCUCAUCCCUGCUCUUCUCCUUCCUUCUUACAUGCCGCCUCAUCCCUGCUCUUCUCCUUCCUUCUUACAUGCCGCCUCAUCCCUGCUCUUCUCCUUCCUUCUUACAUGCCGCCUCAUCCCUGCUCUUCUCCUUCCUUCUUACAUGCCGCCUCAUCCCUGCUCUUCUCCUUCCUUCUUACAUGCCGCCUCAUCCCUGCUCUUCUCCUUCCUUCUUACAUGCCGCCUCAUCCCUGCUCUUCUCCUUCCUUCUUACAUGCCGCCUCAUCCCUGCUCUUCUCCUUCCUUCUUACAUGCCGCCUCAUCCCUGCUCUUCUCCUUCCUUCUUACAUGCCGCCUCAUCCCUGCUCUUCUCCUUCCUUCUUACAUGCCGCCUCAUCCCUGCUCUUCUCCUUCCUUCUUACAUGCCGCCUCAUCCCUGCUCUUCUCCUUCCUACUUACAUGCCGCCUCAUCCCUGCUCUUCUCCUUCCUUCUUACAUGCCGCCUCAUCCCUGCUCUUCUCCUUCCUUCUUACAUGCCGCCUCAUCCCUGCUCUUCUCCUUCCUUCUUACAUGCCGCCUCAUCCCUGCUCUUCUCCUUCCUUCUUACAUGCCGCCUCAUCCCUGCUCUUCUCCUUCCUUCUUACAUGCCGCCUCAUCCCUGCUCUUCUCCUUCCUUCUUACAUGCCGCCUCAUCCCUGCUCUUCUCCUUCCUUCUUACAUGCCGCCUCAUCCCUGCUCUUCUCCUUCCUUCUUACAUGCCGCCUCAUCCCUGCUCUUCUCCUUCCUUCUUACAUGCCGCCUCAUCCCUGCUCUUCUCCUUCCUUCUUACACUGCUCCUCCAUGCCCGCUCUCCCCUCUCCCAUCCCCUCUUCCCUCUCCUCUCCCAUAUCCCCUCUCCCAUCCUCUCCACUCCCUGCCAGACAGUGGAGAAGCAUCCGCGGGAGAUAAUUUUGAGGAGGGAGUGGAGAAGCACCCUCGGGAGAUGAUUCUGAGGAGGGAGUUCGCUAUGGCAGUGGCGUAUCUCAACCGCGUGCUGCCACCCGACUCCGCCCUCACAUACAUUCACUGGGACUUUUCCAGAUACGCCAAGAGUGCAAACGCGGCCACCACUCCAGCAGGGGUCACCAGCGCAGCAGCAAUGAUCGCUAGGGAGUGCCUCGCCAAGACAGGCUUUUUCUACUCGGGCCAGCUCGCCAGGGCUGCCACCAAGACUUGCUUCUCUUCCCGCCCUCCCGCCCCCUCCUCUGCCGCCGCCGCCGCCGCCGCCGCCGCUGCAACUGGGCCGGAGGAGGAAGGGGUCAAAAGCAGGGGAGACAGCAAAGGAGCAGCAGCAGAGCCAGAGGAGGAGGAGGAGGCAGGGAGAUGGGUGCGUCCCCCACAGCUACAACACGGGAUAGUCCGAACCAACUGUCUCGACUGCCUGGACCGCACCAACGUGGCCCAGUUCGUGUUCGGCAGAGAGGCCCUCGCGCAGCAGCUCUACUCCCUGGGAAUCACAGAUUCGCCGCACCUGGACAGCAAGAGCGACGUGGGGAGGCGGCUGCAGGGGAUGUAUAUCGCGAUGGGGGAUGCGCUGGCGCUGCAGUACGGGGGGUCUGCGGCGCACAACCUGGUCAUUGCUGAGAGGCCGGGGACUUGGCGGUCGACUCUGCAGUCUCAGGAGGUGCUCAAGUCGCUGCACCGGUACUACAGCAAUGCCAUUACUGACGCUGACAAGCAAGAUGCGAUUAACCUCCGCGGGCAGGCCAGGCACCAUCUGGAAGCUGGGGCUUCGUGGAGGGUCGGACCAGCACCUUCACGAAGCCACAAGGAGAGCUUCCUGGGUCACUUCCAGCCAAGAGGAGGCCAGGCAGCCAUCUGGGAGGUGGGAGCAGACCAGCACCUGCACGGAGCCACAGGGAGGGGCGCGCACGCAGGGGAGGCGGGGGCGGAACAGGGGCAGCUGAGUGGAGGGAGGGGGGUGGAGGGGGGUGGAAUGAUGGGAGCAGCAACCAUGCCGUCUGCUUCCUUCUCGCCCAGCCUCGCGUCCCUCCCUGAUGUGUCCGAUGCCCCGCCUCCUCCCAUGGACGUCUCGCUGCUUCCCUCCCACGUCAGCAGUGUGGGAGCAGCAAGGGCUGCGUACCCGGCAUUGCGGAGAGAUGGAGGGGAGGCGAGUGCGCUGCACUUGGCGCAUGCUUGCAUGGACGGCUCUUCAUGGCACUUCUACCACAGCUACCUUGCAUCCGUGCCCUCCCUCAUCCCCGGCAACACCCUGGCUUCUGAGGGGGGUAAUGCCACACACGCACACAAUCAGGCGGGCACGCAGGGACCAUGGCCUUUGGAGCUGCAGGCCUUUGGUGCGCUCAGGAGCACUGGAAACACAAGGGAGGGAGGCAGGGAGGGGCCAAGGCUGGAUGAGAUGCUGGGGGGGUGGGCCGUGGCAGAGGCAGCGGUGGAAGACGCGAGGAGAGCAGAGGAAGCAGAGGAGGUGGUGAGGAGGGAGGCAGAGCUCUUGAGUGGUGACUACGGGGUGAGCGUGCCGCAUGUGCUGCCUGCAGCGGUGUGUGCUGGGCUCAUGGAUGGUUGGGUGGCACAGAGCCAGGCCGACAUGAGAGCACCGUUCCAGCCGUUGCCUUAUUGA